AUGUCGGACGAGAAGAGGCGCUCGGGAGUCGCCGAGUCUAGCUCUGACGUGAAGAGGUCGUCAGAAGACGCUGCGCGGUCGGUGUCGGCCCCCCCUUCUGACAAGGGCAAGACCGAGCGGAAGCCAUCUGUGCACUACCUGGACACAGACCCGGCGACCCUACGUGACCAUGACGGCCCAGCACCCAGUUACCGGACGUCUGCGCCAAGGUUCGACUCGGCCGACAUGAUCCACAGCAGGGCGCCAUCGCGAGCCGACACGGACGAUGAGUACGAGGACGAGGAUAACUAUGAUUGGAGUGCGGAGGAGGACUUGGUGGAUGAGGAGGCAAAGUUUGAGCAGAAGAUGGGUACAAGAAGGGUGAAGAAGGGAUGGGGCCCCAAAAGAAUAUUCACACUGCUAUUUUCCACUCUGCUUGGCUCCAUAUUCCUCGCAGCACUCCUAGUAGUGCCGCCCAUCCUCCUAAUAUUCUUCUGGUAUAAACCGCACCCCACAAGUCAUCGGCACUAUGUCGUCCAAAACGUUUCCGCAUGGCUAUUCUGGGCUGCUGCGAAUCUACUUGUCUCCUGGUUCCUCGGCUUCAUCGUGGACCUCGUCCCCAGCGUCUUCACGCUGUUCAUAUCGAUCUCCUGGGGCCAUGUGUCUGAGACGGUCAAGAGCAGGGUGGAGAUGUACAAUAGUGUGAAGGAGACCCUGAAGCCCUUGCUCUAUGCUGCGAGCGGGUGGGUCAGCUGGGUCAUAUUAUUCGAGUAUAUCUAUGACUUGUACAAUCCGGAUGACGAGAGUGCUAGUAAGGCCUCAUAUACGCCACGGGUGUACCAAGCGAUUGAGUUUCUGUUUUUCCUCUCCCUCGUAAUAUGCUUGCAGCGGAUGCUGUCGCACGCGAUCGCAUUUGCGUUCCACCGCGUCGCGUACCAAGAGCGUAUCGACUCGCUCAAGGAAGCUCUCAAGGUCAUUGAGGUACUCCGGAAUUACAAGCCCAAGCGGAGCCACUUCGGACAUCGGCAAGCGCGAAGCACGCCGAUGCUCUCUGCAAUGUUCGGCGCGGAGCACUACUUUGACCGGUCGCGGCGGGGCACACCAGAGCCGCUGCAAGAGAGCCCGGUGCCCUCUGACGAGGAGGGCGAGCCCAAGGAGAAGCGCAAAAAGGGCAAGCAGCGGUCCGGUUUCGGGUGGGGGAAGAAGAAGGACAAGAGCCAGGAGAGGAAGGAGGACAAGGCGAAGCGGCAGCUGCUGCGCCACGGCAGCCCCGUGCUGGCGGACUCGGAGCCUGCGACGCCGAUGAACCACCCCGGUAGCGCGGAGUCGUCGGGCAGCUCGCAUCGGUACCCGCCUGUUCCCAACACCAGCUCGACGCCAGAGAGGGUGGCGCCGCCGAAUCUCGGGAUACCGACGCCGAGUCGGAACAGUCCGGUUGGAGGACGCAGAACCCCGGGCGGGGAGAGUGAUGAUGGUGAGGCGGUUGUGCUGCAGGCUGCGAAGGUCCUGGGCAAGGCGGUUCUGCACGACGCGCGGAAUAUCAAGGGAAAGGAGGAGGGCUUGAGUGGGCUGGGCUGGAAUGUCAACUCUGCACAUGAAGCCAAGAGGUUGGCUCGUGCCAUCUACAAUACUUUCAAGGUUCCCGGCCGACAGUACCUCAUUCCGUCCGACUUCGAGCCUGCAUUCACCGACGCUGAAACGGCGCACAAAGCCUUCCGAGUCUUCGACAAGGACAACAACGGAGAUCUAUCCCGCGCCGAGAUCAAAACUACGCUGCUCAAGGUGUACAAGGAACGGCGCUUGCUUAGUCGCAGUAUGCGUGACGUCGGCAUCGCUCUCAAGACCCUUGACCAGAUCCUCUUGUUCUUCGCGUUCUGCAUACUGUUCUUCAUCUCGCUGAGCGUCUUCAAUGUCAACGUGGAGACGAGCUUGACGAGUUUGUACUCGUUAUUCAUUGGCGCCAGUUUCAUAUUCCGGAAUGCUGCUAGCUCGGCAUUCGACGCUAUCAUGUUCUUGUUUGUGACACAUCCGUUCGAUACUGGGGAUCGCUGCUUUAUCGAUGAUGAAAACUUCGUUGUGAAGAAAAUGGGUCUGUUUGCGACGGUCUUCACCAGAGCAGACGGCACAGAGACGUAUUAUUUCAACAGUUUAUUAUUCAACAAGUUUAUCGUCAACGCAAGACGAAGCGGAAAAACCUUCGAGAACCUAACGAUGCAGGUUGCUUGGAGAACGCCGCUAGAAAAACUCGAUGCCCUCGAAAAGUGCAUGAACGAGUGGCUGCAGACGGAGGAAAAUCGAUGGUUUGAGCCGAGUACUUCCGUCACGUUACAGCAUAUCGAUUACCAGCGAUUCUUGGAGAUCACCAUAGGUAUUGGCCACAACGGGUACGUACAGACAUUAUCAGAGUCUUUCGCUGAUUGGGGGAUGCGUAUGCAACGCAAAACGACCUUCCAUGCUGCAGUCCAAUUCUACUGCCGGCAACUGGGUAUCGUCUGCUACGAGUCGCCGAUGCCAAUUGUUUGGGGUGACCAGGACAGCCUGGAUUACGGUCUGGCAACUCCCGGCGACGAGGACCAACCACCGCCGUCACCUGCACCAGGUUCGGAGGCGCCUGCGGAACAGGAGCAAGAUCCAAAAGACAUCAAACCCUCGCUCGGUUUCUUGCCUCCUCUCAAGGACCGUUCACAUCUUAGGGCACGCAAGAGCAAGAGCAGAAAGGCCGUGCUGCGCAGUGUUGGCGCCGACGGCUAA